AACAAAAAUGCAAAACAAAAAUGUUCUCCUGAAGAGAGUGACCUUGGAAAACAAGGCUGGCUUGUUGGAAGAUGGUUUUGUUGUGGAUUUCUCUCUGAAUGUAUUGGAAAAUUUGGAAAAUGUACACUGGAAGAUAACCUAUGUGGUGGAUAUGGCUAAUACUAAACAGUCGGUAGUUUUGGGACAGAGUGAAGUGAUGAAUUAUUCACCUUCGGAAGAAACAACAUUUAAAUAUCAAAUUGAUAGAAUUAAUUUGGAUGGAGUAUCGCCAAUGUUGUUGAAUAAUGUAGCUGUUAUUGUUGUAGCUUUAGUUGAUCAAAAGGAUGAGGAAUUAUUCAAGUGUUCAAUGGUUGUUCAAGCUGAACGUAAUGAACAAGAUGGAAAGAUUUAUAGAACCAUUUUCAAUCCUACUGAAUAAAUUUUCCUUUUAC